UAUGGUGCUACAGGACCAAAUAGACGCUGUAUAUAAACGUAAGAAUAACAGCAGGGCUUUUCCUCAGGAAAUUUGGUAGUCUAAAUAAUGAGACCUCGGGUAGACCGAUUUUACAUUCUGAUAUUUUACGUUGUCUACCUAGGAGGGGAUAUCGACCAGUCAAAAAAAAAAUAUAACGAUAUUCAACGCUUGAGCACAUUUAUUUGGACUAGAAAUUGGGAAGAUGCCUUGGCAUUUCAAAUUUGGAAAUUUAUGCACGAUAAUUGUCCAUUUCGGGAAAAAAAAUCAACCAGAAGUAAACGCCUAAAGACAAAUUUAUCUCCCCUGAAACACAGGCUAAAAUCCAGUCCAUAAAACAUAACGGAUUAGACUGGAAAUGUGUCACACCUGGUUCUGUGCGCUGUUAGGCUAUAGUGCGACAAAAAAUUGAUACCAGACAACCGCUUCCUCUGGAAAUAGAAAUCUACUAAAAUGUAAACAAAAUGUUAACCAUCUGUUAAACUGGCAUGAUUUUGGGAAAACUUACCUUGCAUUUUGGGAAAUAUCUCUGCCACAGUUGGGAAAAAAUAGUAUAUUUUUGGAUUGGAAAGUGGCCUAUAUAGGCCUCUGUUAUAUAAGGAUGAAAAGCCUUGACGAACGCUCGUUACUUGAAACGGUAAGAUAUCAGCCAGUCAGAAUGAACAACUAGAGGAAGCUACUGACAGUCAUUAUAAAAGUCGAUUGUGAAGGAAGUUCUACAACUUAUAUUAAUCACUCUCAACACCUCAUUCCUGAUGGAAUUCAUCGCCACGAGGGUAUGAGAGAAGAGGCCAAAUUCCCUUUUAACCCUAUUGGUACAUUGUGCGUAGAAAGGUUAUGUCAGUAAUAGUAUAGACAGAGACAAAUAGACGGUACUAUUUGGAUAAAAUGUGACAUAUCAUGGAUAGAGAAGCUGUUCCAUUUCUUACAACCGAUAUUAAGGCACGAUGGAAGGAUGUUUCAUUAGAGGAAGGAUUUAGCACAUUUGUGGCAUUAAAUGUUGUGUUCUUUGGCUCAUACGGCAUUGCAAGUCUGCUCUUCCUGUACACAGAUCUUUAUGGACUACCAAAAUGGAUGCUGAAGUACAAAACCCAGCCGGGUAAAAAUCAACCGGUAGAUAGAGGCAAUUUAAAGAAGUUACUAAAUCAGCUAACAGUGAAUUAUCUCGUUGUUGGCAUUCCAUAUGGUGUUUUACAUUACAUUCUUCACAAGCUAAGGGGUAGCGACCUGUCGUACAACUUCCCCACCGCUAUGGAGUUUAUCAUUCAUUUUACUGCCUGUGUGAUAAUGGAGGAGAUAACCUUCUACUACUCGCACAGACUGCUGCAUACAAGUUAUCUGUACAAGAAAGUUCACAAACAACACCAUGAAUGGACGGCGCCAAUUGGCAUUGGGGCUACUUACGCACAUCCGAUAGAAUUCGCUUUCGGUAAUAUUUGGACCCUGGCCUCCGGCCCUUUGGUAAUGGGCUCGUGCCAAGUGACAACAUUUGUCUGGAUCGCCCUAGCUUCCAUAGUAACUGUCAUUCAUCACAGCGGUUACCAUCUCCCACUUCUACCAUCACCGGAAUUUCACGACUAUCAUCAUUUAAAGUUUGUAGGUAACUAUGGUAUACUGAGUGUCAUGGACAGAUUGCACGGCACUAUGAAUCCACAGUUCUUGAAAAGUAAACAGUACCAGAGACAUCACAUCAUAUUUUCCUCCUCUGAAAUGAAGUCAGCGUGAUAGUGAACCAUAAACAAGAGAACAGUAGAAUUAUUUAAGAAAUGAUAUACACUAAACAAUGAUUUUGCUGUUGAAUGAAGUCAUAGUUUGGAUGUGGAUGCGAAGGAAUUAUACAACGCAUGGACUACAAACAGUGCUUUAAUUCAAGACAAAUUAUUCCGAUUCUAAUACGAUAUCAAGGAUUACAAUCUACGUCCUUGAUGGCAUCCACCAAAUAUUUGCCUGUUUUGUCAUACUCAUUUUCAUUUCGCUGCUAUGGCGUUUUAUGAUUUGACUUAAUAAUUGUGACAUAGCAUUAGUGACUUUGUUUGUUUGCAUAUUCACGACACAGGUUUAUACGCAAACGGAUUGGGUUAUAUUGCAAUUUUAAUCAUUAAUAAAUUUUGUUUUGAUCGUUUCAUUUUGCUGACAAGUGCGACAAGGUUGGUUGCUUUCCAGUGAGAAUUUAAGUUAAUUUUCAUGAACAUUUACGAUGCUUUCAAUGUUUCGUACAGACUGCAAAUAGAAUUAACUGCAUCCGAUAGAUUCAGAUCAAAUUCUUAAUCCCAAUACCAAAAAUCGCAGCCACACAGCUUUUUCCGACAUCUACAGUUUUUCAACAUGUUGUGUCAUUUUGAAUCGAUUGUAUAUAUUGGUAUUAGUAAUCUUGAGGGCCUCUUGCAGGUUGACCUGUUGUUUAAACAAGUUCUCUGUUAAAUUAAGUAUUAACUUACUGAGUGAUAAGCCAUUCAACUUACGUAUUUUAUUACAUCAGAAAUAAAUUUUUAUUAUUUA